UUUGGUUUUGGGGGGGUUUCGUUGGGGAAAAAUGGUUGGUUGGUUUUCAUUCUCUCUCUCUUCUACUGUUGGUUUUGUGGAGAGCAGAGAACGAACCCAAAUCUCUCUUUCUCUCUCUUCAUUUCUCUCUCUCUCUCUCUAAAACUCACAUUCCAUCGCUUCUCUUACUGAUUGCCGGAGACGUUCUUUCGCCGCCGGUUAAUCAAACGACGUCGUUUCUACUGUCGUCGUAUGCUGAAUUAUCACACCUACUCUCGCGAUCCACUCUCACCGUCGAGAUGUACUUUGAAAAUUGAACUAGUGAUCAAUGGAAGCGAUGGAACCGGGACCUUAUCCUGUGCGUGAAGGAGAGCCCGAUUGUUCUUAUUAUAUCAGAACUGGCCUUUGCAGGUUUGGGGCAACAUGUCGUUUCAAUCAUCCUCCUAACAGGAAACUGGCCAUUGCAACUGCGAAAAUGAGAGGAGAAUAUCCAGAAAGAGCAGGACAACCUGAAUGCCAGUACUAUUUGAAAACGGGUACCUGCAAAUUUGGAGCAACAUGCAAGUUUCAUCAUCCCCGGGACAAGGCUGGGAUUGCAGGAAGAGUUUCACUAAACGUCUUAGGUUAUCCGCUUCGAACGAAUGAGGCUGAAUGUGCUUAUUAUCUGAGAACAGGACAAUGCAAAUUUGGAAGCACAUGUAAAUUCCACCACCCGCAACCGUCUAAUAUGAUGGUUUCAUAUCGCGGUUCCCCUGCUUAUCCUACAGUCCAGUCACCAACUAGUCCAGGUCAGCAGUCAUACCCUGGAGGAUUAACAAAUUGGUCUUUGUCUAGAGCUCCAUUCGUUAGUCCACGCUGGCAAGCCCCUUCAAGUUAUGUACCAAUGAUUCUACCACAAGGUGUCGUAUCAGUUCCGGGAUGGAGUGCAUACAGUGGUCAACUCGGUUCAGUUUCAUCUUCAGAAAAUCAACAACAAACUGCUGCAAACAGUCAAAUAUAUGGCAGUUCAAGCCAAAAUGAAGGAGAAGCACUACAAGGAACUUAUCCUUCAUAUCGUACUGGAUAUUACGCGUUACCAAGUGAAAAUGUGUUCCCUGAAAGACCCGGUCAACCCGAAUGUCAAUUUUACAUGAAAACCGGUGACUGUAAAUUUGGUGCAGUUUGUAGAUUUCAUCAUCCCAGAGAAAGAAUUAUUCCUGUGCCUGACUGUGCUCUUAGCCCAAUGGGCCUCCCUUUACGUCCGGGAGAGCCUUUGUGCAUAUUCUAUUCGCGUUAUGGUAUAUGCAAAUUUGGUCCAAGUUGCAAGUUUGACCACCCGAUGGGAGUCUUUGCUUACAAUAUCGCAGCAUCCACAUCAGCAGACGGUCCAGCUGUCCGCCGCUUUUUAGGCUCAUCUUCCACAAGUGGCGCGUUAAAUAUGACUCCAGAAAGAAGACAAAUGUCCACAAGUGAUGACAAUAUUGACACAGAGGGAUGAAGAUCUCCCAAGUGACUUAUAUUUCCUACAACCUUUUUGGAAAAAUUCAGAAAAAAAAAAAAAACAAAAAACAAAAACAAAAAAAGCUUGUAACUUUAUUUAUAUUGUUGGGGAUGUACAUAAUACAUGUUAAAGUCAACCCGUUCUGAAAAAUCGAUUCGCUUGCGCGAUCUGAAGAACUGUGUUGAUGCUUUGUACAACUCCUCAUUUUUGUCACAUUGUUAAUCUAUUUCAAAAUCCUGCAUUUCUGAUUUC